UUUCACAUUCCUCAUCGGAUACCGCCUCGCUCCUGCCAAGGAUGCCAAGGUUGAUAAGAUCGACGGCUGUCUGGCAUUGCGUACAGUAGUCUAUCGCGUUACAUCUUCCGGAACUGCUGGCACGAUGCGGCAGACGACGUCGAUCGUUAAUAUCUUCCACUCUUGAGUCUGAGUCUUGACCGCGGACAAGGCCUGAUUCAAUGUUAGGCUGCCAUGAGCUGCUGCUUCUCAUCAAACGUUGUUGAUUUACGAUAAGGUCGAGUAAUCUUGCGACGAUCCGAUUGAAUCAAUCGCUCAAAGAACACGUCUUAAAGCGUCAGGAGUAGCGCCUGGAGUACGCGUUUCACUUUUCAUGGCGGUGUCUCGAGUUUACCUAUGGAUACACAUAAAUAACACUCGAGUUAUUAAUGGAUAUUGGAGGCUGGACGGUAAGAGAGGUCGACCGAAAGAUUUAAUCUCGGAAAUUGCACGAGGACGAUAGAUUGAUGAUUUAUGUAACGCGUUCCUAAAAGGAUGCAAACGAGAAAAAAAGGAGUAGAAGACGGUGACUAAACGGUCGUAAAAUCUUUCGCCUAUGAAUGGAACCGUAGUUCCCGAAAAGCCAAGUGGAACUUGGAAGCCCAGCAUGCCGGGGUGUCGGACCGGUUGCCUGCAGUUUGGGCCACUUCGAAAUGUAAGGCAUCUCGCGCGACAAUCGAUCAAUAUCCAUCUGCGUGCCAUGAGCAUGCAACGUACAUUACAUAUGUUUACGCGCGCGAUCGCAUCGUAAUACAGGGUGUAGAAGUAUUUUCAGACUGGAAGAAAGAAAUUCGUAGAGAGAGUAUACUGACCUGAUUGCUCGUUAUAUCAUUUCCGCCCGUAUCUCUCCCUCUCUCUGUCCGCGAUCCGGCAACCUUUUCCCGGGGCAUCAUCGUCGCGUCGUAGAUCUUGUUCGAGCCUCGCCAACUGAAAUCAAUCCGAUAUGUGAAAUCUGACGUAGGAUCCUUCCGAACGAUACGUCGAGCACCGCGCACUGAGGGCUUGGAAGGGCCGAUCGAGGGGUCGUCAAUCACAGAAGGCACUCCGAUUCCGUCCUCGCGACGUACAAGAAUGACAGCUCCGCUCGGUCUACAUGCUACGAGUGACGUUCACAGCGGAUGCGCUCGGUCCCUUUCGUCCGCCGAGUCGUGGACGGAGCGCUCGACGCAUCGAGGAGGAAGAGAGAGACGGGACGACGGGAGCGAGACGGAAAUGGGGGAGGACGCGAAAGCGAGGAACGGAUAGAACGGGAAAGAAUGCGCGGCCGGGGAACGAAAAUCGUCAAGAGGAGACGCGCGAGGAAGAGAGAGACGAUCGGUGACGUAUAUCGGCGCCGCGCGUCCGCACGUCAGACGUCGACUCGGGGGAGCGUGGCUGCAGCUGGAUUAGGCGUCGAUCUCUCUCGAGACGAUCGUGACGCGUCCCGCGGACGACUGUCGGCGUCGCGGCGUUUGCACGUCACUCACGACAAUCCGGGCUCUCUCGGUCUCUUCCUCGUGCUCGGCGCUCUCGCGGUGGUGCUCCGUCCAGGAACGCGCCGCGAAGAAGCGGCUUCCUCCGACGACGUCAGAAGAGUAGCGCCGGGUCGACCUCGCGACGCCGACGCCAUGCGGCGUCGCUCUGCGCGUCCAGGGACGAGCCACGUCAACGUUGUGUGGGUUUUCACCACCGCACACACGAAUGCAUGUACUCUUUGGAUGCACGGGGGGUAUAUAAAGUCGGGGUGGAUAUAUAGGGGCGACCGGGAGGGGCGGCUCUUGAUAACGCGCAGGGUCGACCAACCCCUCUCGCUCCGUCUCUGUCUCUCCUUUUUGUCUCUACCUCUCUCCCUCUCCUUGUCCCUUCCGUUGCGUCCGGGGGACAACCUCUCUCUCUACCUCGCACCUAUUCUAUCUAGUUUUCUCUCUCUCUCUCUCAUCCUUAUUGUCCCUGUUCCUUCGUUCACCUACUGCUUCUCUCCAGAUUGUUCCGUCCUUUUUGCUCUCAUCACGAUCGAUCAAUCCCUUUCUGUUACUCGCUCAUCUACCGUUUGUCUCCAUUUGUGCUCUCUUCGUCUACUUCGUAGCCAUUUUUCUCCCGCAAGAGUUUUCCUCUUUACCUUUCUCUGUCUCCGUCCAUUAUUUAUCUCUUUCUCCCUUUGACUGCCCUCUCAUAUAAUAUCUUCUCUGUUUUUCUCGACGCUUAGUUUUGCCGCUAUCGCCCUUCCUUCGAAGCGAGCUGGCGUCGAUUUGAUUUCACCGCGUCUCUGUGUGCGAUAUCGUCUCGCCCCGUGGCCUCUCCCCACCACUCGCUGAUUUUUUACGCGUGACGGCGAGCUUUAUGCAACUCCCCGUGGAUCGAGAACGCGGUGUAGCCUGGCGCCACCAGACGGCAUCCACCCAGAAACUCCUCGCCCCUGAAUCGUGACGUUUUUAUUGGGCGACGCUCUCAUUCGUAAGAGAGAGAGAGAGGGCUCGCGCAAAUGUACCGUGCCAUCUUUCCCCUGUACUUUUGUCUCACCUCUUUCCUUCCUCGUUUCUCCCUCGCGACGGUCUCUCCAACUUACGCUUUGUCCACUAAGGUUACGACCUCGCGCAUUAGUUUGCUACAAACUAUGCGAUGGCGAAAAUUAUUAGCUCGAGUAGUUUGUCUCCAUUCACCAUAAAUCGAGAAGAAUGGGUCGAGUGGGCCAAGUCGAAUCUGCAGCAUUUAAAGAAUGGUGAGUCAGAUUUUUACUUCAAUUCAAACAGGCAUUGCAUUUGUUAGAGUUAAUUGAUAUAGAAUUUAAGAUAUAUUGAUACAUAAUGGGCAAUUGUAUGAAAAAAUAAAAAUCCUCAGUUUUGAUAUUUGAUAGCUUUGAUUAUUUGAUGAUAAAUUUAAUUACACGAAUGAGAAGAAAUUGUGUGCUAUAUCGUAUCAAUAAUCUGAGAAAAAUUCAAUCGGUUGUAUCGAUUAAGCUUUAUUGAAUGAAAGACCGAGUUCCUUUAAACUUCGGUUGUAUUGACCUUCGUACGGAAUAAACCUUGCUGAGUGCUGCCAUCUGCACGACACAAUCCAAGACACUUGUUUACGGAUAUUCUACACAACGUCACACAUGUAAACAUGUAUGCAUGCAGCAUGCAAGCAUGCUUAUAUAGUUAGAUCAGUAAUAUAAGCGAAGCCUUCGAAGAGAACUUGGCCGAAGAAAAAACCAAGUCUUUCAAUGAUAAUUUUAGUUUCUCUCGU